CGGCCUCAUGCACGGGCUCGUCCCCGCGACUAACGGAGGGUUUUCCGGAGAAAAAGAUCAGAAUCAGAGACGGAGGAGCUGGAGGAGCCGGGGACUUUACUCUUAAACCCGGGGAACUUUACAACCUUUACACCCUCCCAGAGCUAGUCCCUACCGGGGAACCGGGGAAAGAACAAAGAAAAGUUUGGAGCUGAGAGUAACGGGGUCGCGGGUUCGAACCCGGACACGGAACUGGAAUAAAUACAUCUGGAUUUACUGGGCCUGGUUCUGAGCCGGUACUGGGCUGGAAUAUAUCUGGAUUUACUGGGCCUGGUUCUGAGCCGGUACUGGGCUGGAAUAUAUCUGGAUUUACUGGUCCUGGUCCUGGUUCUGUACUUUGGUAGGUUUCUACUCUAAACCGAGUCCUGCUGCUCCAGCCCCCCCCAGUGGGCGUACCGGCCCGCCGAGCGGCUUGAGGAGCCCGUCCCCCCCGUCAUCGCGGGACAAUAGCCGUGGAAAUCAAAGCCCUGCCAAGUCCCCGCUCACGCUCCAGCGGCUAGCCGAGCACCGAGCGGACGGGAGCCGCGGAAUCCCCCCCCCCCCUCCCGUCAUGGCGGUUGUUGUUGUUGCUAUGGAGACCCGCCGCCGCCAGGGACGGCAGCGUAGCGCGUAGCGUAGCGCGUAGCGUAGCGGCCAGCGGGACGACGGGAGAAUGAGCUGAAGCUCAGACGCCUCCCUGCUGCUUUUCACCUCCGAGUCGGGGGGGAACCCCAAACUUUCAUAUCCGGGUGGACGUUCUGACCCCCCCACCCGCCAAAAGUGCCUUUUUUCUUCUUCUCCCACGUCUCCUCAAGCAAAGGAAGCCCCGCCACACCCGUCGCCAUGAUCCCCUUCCAGUCCAAGUGGCGCUUCCUGUUCAUGUUCCUGGGCAUCCAGCUGGUCGUCAUGGCGCUGCUGUCCCGCGAGGGCUACCAGAAGAGGGUCAACUACUUCAUCCGCAUCUUCCGCAAGCCCAACUCCACGGGCUCGGCGCUGCGCAACCGCACGGCGGCCGGCGGCGCCGCGGGGGACGUCUACGCUAACCUGUCCCACCUGGCCAAGGGCCCGGGCCACGGGGACGAGCUGCCGCUGUGCCCCAAGACGUCCCCGCUCAUAGGCGGGCCGAUCCACGUCAGCUUCCCGUCGGGCCUCACCCUGGACGAGGUUCUGAGGAAGAACCCCCUGGUGGAGCGCGGCGGCCGCUACCGGCCGGCAGGCUGCGAGGCCCGGCACAAGACGGCCAUCAUCAUCCCGCACCGGCACCGCGAGCACCACCUGAAGUUCCUGCUGUACUACCUGCACCCCUUCCUGCAGCGGCAGCAGCUGCACUACAGCAUCUACGUCAUCCACCAGGCCGGGAACUACACCUUCAACCGCGCCAAGCUGAUGAACAUCGGCUUCCGGGAGGCCAUGAGGGAGGAGGAGUGGAACUGCCUGUUCUUCCACGACGUGGACCUGAUCCCGGAGGACGACCGCAACACGUACGCCUGCGACGCCAACCCCAAGCACGCCGCCAUCGCCAUGGACAAGUUCGGCUACAAGCUCCCGUACAAGAUGUACUUCGGCGGCGUGUCGGCGCUGUCGCCGCUGCACUACCUGAAGAUGAACGGCUUCCCCAACAACUACUGGGGCUGGGGGGGCGAAGACGACGACAUCGGAGUCAGGGUGUCUCUGGCCGGGAUGUACAUCAGCCGCCCGUCGCUGAAGGUCGGCCGCUACAAGAUGAUCAAGCACAAGCUGGACAAGGGCAACGACGUCAACCCAAAGAGAUUCAACAUGCUGGCGAAGACGCGGCAGACGUGGAAGACGGACGGCAUGAACACGGUGGAGUACGAGACGGUGUCGCGGGAAUACCUGCCGCUCUACACCAACAUCACCGUCAACAUCGGCACGGAGGCCGGCCUGCAGCCGCUCGCCCGGGCGUCGACCCGCGGGGCGGCGGAGAAGCUCCCGGACAAGACCGCGAACAAGACCGCGGAGAAGCCCGCGGAGAAGCCCGCGGACCGGCUCCCGGACAAGCCCGCGGAGAAGCCCGCGGACCGGCUCCCGGACAAGCCCCUGGACCGGCCCGCCACCGGAGCCAAGGAGAAUCGCUCCGCACCGGAGAAUCGCUCUGCACCGGAAAAGCGCUCCACGGCGGGGUAGCGGCCGCCGCCGCUGCUUCCUCCGUGGUUCCAGGAGGCUGCAGAACUGAACUCCGGUUAUUCCGAUUAUUCCUCCACAGAAAGUUGGACUCUAUGAGUUUGUAUAUUUACGGCGCCGUGGUCGCCGCUUAAAC